AUGACUUAUCAACAAUGUUAUAACUCAAUUCGUCAUAUCACUGCAAAAUUAAUCCUCACAGAACCACAGUUGCAAAAUCUGACUUUGAUACAAAUUGAGGAACUCCUUCAAGCAAAUAGAAGGACACUUAGGGAAUUUAAACCUAUUCCGUAUCCUGAUACCUACAUUCUUCAACAAUUGGGCAAUAGACUGAUAUAUGAUGAGUGUAAUUAUGAUGUUGCAUCAAUGAAAUUCGAAUUUCAAAAUCUUUAUGCUGCUCUUACAGAUGAGCAAAGAGCUAUUUAUGAAAAAAUUAUGCAUGUUGUGGUGUCUCAGAAUCCAGCCGUGUUCUUCCUUCAUGGAUAUGGAGACAUGCUACGACAGACUAAGCUUAUAAUUUGGGAUGAAGCACCAAUGGCACAUAAGUAUGCAAUAGAAUCACUUGACAGAACUUUGAAAGAUGUUAUGAGUGCAGACAAGAAUUCAAAAGAUGUCUUUGGUGGAAAGGUGGUUGUUUUUUGUGGUGAUUUCAGACAGAUUUUACUUGUCAUUCCCAGAGGUAGUCGUUCCAAUAUUGUACACUGUGCCAUAAAUGCAUCUUACAUAUGGCACUCAGUUGAGGUCUUAACAUUGAAAAAAAAUAUGCGACUUCGGUCUGGAACAACACAUACUGAAAAUAACGAAUUAGCACAGUUUUCAGAUUGGCUCUUGAGGAUAGGAGAGGGCAGAAUAUCUGAGCCUAAUGACGACAUCGCCGAAAUAGAAAUACCACCAGAUAUUUUGAUAACAGAAUUCGAUGAUCCCAUUGAGGCGAUUGUCAAUAGCACCUACCUUGAUUUCAUCAAUAAUUUUCAAUCGAAUGAAUACCUUAAAAGUCGGGCAAUCCUGGCAUCUACACUUGAUACUGUUGAUCAAAUCAACGACCAUAUACUUAACUUAAUGCCAGUGGUUGAUAUCCUCACACCAGAGUUUCUAAGUUCACUACGCACAUCAGGUUUGCCUAACCAUCACUUAAAACUAAAGGUCGGUACACCUAUAAUGCUCAUGAGAAAUAUAGAUCAAUCUGAAGGUUUGUGUAACGGCACAAGGCUAUGCAUAACAAAACUGGCAACCGAUGUUCUCGAAGCUUUAAUAAUGGGUGGAAAAGGUUCUGGAAAUUUGGUUUACAUACCGCGAAUGGACAUGUCACCAUCCCAAUCACCAUGGCCAUUCAAACUGAACAGAAGACAAUUCCCUGUUAUGGUUUCCUAUUCCACGACAAUUAACAAAUCCCAGGGACAGUCACUGGAUAAUGUCAGUUUGUAUUUACCAAGAGAUGUUUUUACCCACGGCCAAAUUUAUGUCACAUUGUCAUGA